AUGUCAACCCCAGGAGAAACCUCACGCACAGCGUUCUUCUAUGGUACCCUCAUGGCGCCUGAAGUACUCCACAGAGUCUGCCACGGCUCCAUGAGUCCCACGAAUCCCAUCUACACCACCCAUCAACUUAAAAUCAAGCCCGCAAUCCUGCACAACCAUCGCCGCCAUCGUGUCAAGACUGCCGACUACCCUGCCAUCAUUCCUCAGUCCGGCUCCAGUGUUCGUGGGAACAUCGUCACCGGACUCACAGACCAGGACAUCUUUCGGCUUGAUGUUUUCGAGGGCGAUGAAUACGAGCGGGUGAAGGUGCGGGCGACGCUACUGACGACGGUGGGAGACGAGCAGGGCGAGGGCAAUGUGGAAGGUGAGGAGGUCGAGGUUGAGACGUAUGUCUGGAGAGCGGGAGAGCAGGAGCUGGAGGACGAGGAGUGGGACUUCAAGGAGUUUCAACGGGAGAAGAUGAGGUUUUGGGUGGGCAGGGAGGGCGAAGGGGAGUAUGCUGGUUAG